UAUGGGGCUCUAUGGGGCACUAUGGGGCUCUAUGGGGGAUGUAGGUUUAGGGCCACAGAGAUGGGGGGAAAUGAAGCAUCUCCUGCACCAUCAGAAGCUGCUCACCUGCAGCACAGGAGGACGGGGGAGCUCAGCACUGUAUGUGAGUGCCCGAAGUGGGGGAGUGGAGCUGAUGGGGUCAGGACCUUGUGUGUGUGCAGCAACAAAACGGGGCAACAAGAAGUUACAACAGCCAUGGAAAUGUGGGGAAGAACCGAUUUCCUAUAGGAGUGCAGGAGACAUGAACGGGGAGCUCGGAGAUGGGAGUGUCCAAUGGGGACAUGCAGCACCGUCUGGAUGCCCUGUGCAGUGCAGAACUGCUUUAGAGGAUGGGGAGCUCCACAGGUCCCCUCCAACCCCAGUGACUGUGAUCCUGUGACUGUGGGUUCUGUCUUCUGUCUUCUCUAAGAGUGAAGCAGUUCUAACCAACCAAACCAACAAAAACAAACAAAAAUCCAACACUCAACCAAAGAAGUUUCAGCUGCUAACAAAGCUUUCUAGUGCACAUGUUUCCAUUGAUCCAAGUGUUGUGAGUGACUGAAAGCAGAGUGGGACUCACCGAAACCACCACCAAGGCAAACAGCUUCAUUGCUUAUCAAGGCUCUGAGUCAUAUGAUGUGUUUGUACUGGGUGCACGAAGCACUGGGCAGCCUCAGGGGGCAGAAGGAGGAGGUACCAUCGGCACAGCCUGGGCUGCAGGACACCAGAACUCGCUGCUCACUGCUGUGUUUGCUGCUGGUGACCCUGCAGCACUUUACAAGCAGGAACAGCCUCUGUGGGGCUGAAGACACAGUGGGGCAGUCGGCCGGGGGGCAGCUGCUCCUCACCCAUUGAGGGGCCGCUCACCCACUGCCUGCCACGUCCGCCCUUCGGAUGGGACUGAACUCUUCAGCUUGGUCAGGAGAAGCCGAGGGACGUUCAUCAGGUGUGGGGCACCAGGAAGAGCCGAGCCAGGGCAAAGGAGGCAGCACAGGGCACGGCUGCUGGAAGGUGACAGCAUGGCACGGAAGAUGAGCAUCGACAAUCUGGAGGACCAGCUGCUCUGCCCCAUCUGCUUGGAGGUCUUCAAGGAGCCCCUGAUGCUGCAGUGUGGGCAUUCCUACUGCAAGUCCUGUGUGCUGUCACUGUCUGGAGAGCUGGACGAGCAGUUCCUGUGCCCCGUGUGCCGCAAAGCCGUGGACUGCAGCGCAUCACCACCCAAUGUCACGCUGGCCCGCAUCAUUGAGGCACUGCAGAGCUGGGGCGAGGCAGAGCCCACCCCAGAGUCCUGCCCAACACACCACAAUCCGCUGAGCCUCUUCUGCGAGGCUGACCGAGAGGUGAUCUGCGGGCUGUGCGGCACCAUCGGCAACCACAAGCAGCACAAGAUCACCCCCAUCUCUACCGCAUACUGCAGGAUGAAGGAGGAGCUGUCUGUGCUGCUAACCGACGUCCACAAGUGCAAGAGGAACCUGGACGAACAGUUCAGCAAGCUCAUCAACAACAAGACCCGCAUUGCGAAUGAGGCUGAUGUCUUCAAGUGGGUGAUCCGGAAGGAGUUUGAGGAGCUGCACAGGUACGUCGAUGAGGAGAAGGCCACCUUCCUGGAGAGCGUGGAGGGGAAGGCAGCCCAGCUCAUCACCUCCAUCGAGUCUCAGGUCAAGCAGAUAUCAGACACCCUGCAGAGACUGAAGGAGAUGCAGAGCAUUCUGGAGACACUCGGCAACGAAAAUCAGCUUGAUUUCAUCCGUAAAUACAGCUCCUACCAGUUCAGGUCAGAGCUCCCCAGCCUACACCCAGGCGACGCCACCUUCAGCCCCGUGUCCUUUAAGCCUUGUUUCCACCAGGACGACAUCAAGAUGACGGUGUGGAAGCGGCUGCACCGCCACGUGCUGCCAGCUCCGGAGAUGCUGAAGCUGGACCCGGUGACGGCGCAUCCCCUGCUGGAGCUGUUCAAGGGUGACACGGUGGUGCAGUGCGGGCUGUACCAGCGCCGGGACAGCAACCCCAAGCGUUUCGACUCCAGCAACUGCAUCCUCACCUGCAAGGGCUUCUCGUGCGGCCAGCACUACUGGGAGGUGAUCGUGGGCAGCAGGAACCACUGGCGCGUGGGCGUCAUCAAGGGCACGGUCAGCCGCAAAGGGAAGCUCAGCAAGUCCCCGGAGCACGGCGUGUGGCUCAUCGGCCUCAAGGACGGGAAGGUGUACGAGGCGUUCAGCUCCCCGAGGGUCGCGCUGCCGCUGACCGCCCGGCCGCAGCGCAUCGGGAUCUACCUGCACUACGAGAAGGGCGAGCUGAGCUUCUACAACGCCGACAGCCCCGACGAGCUCAGCCCCAUCUACACGUUCCAGGCGGAGUUCCAGGGGCAGCUCUACCCCAUCGUGGACCUCUGCUGGCCGGAGCGCGGCCCCUUCUCCCCGCCCAUCAUCCUGCCCGCGCCCCCCGCCGGCCGCCCCUCGCUGGGACCCCCCGCGGCGGAGGAGCCCCCCAAGUUGUAGGGCUUGUAGGGCUUGUAGGGGUUGUGGGGCUUGUAGGGGUUGUGGGGCGCACAGCGACGGCUCCGAGUCCUCAAUAAAGCCGACAUUGCGCUGCACCGCCGUGAUGCGAGAGAGGG